AUGAGAGGAAAAUUAGUGCCCGAUUUUCCGGAGGUGGUUUUCCUGAUGUUCUUCCUGCUCCAAUUUACGUUCACAACAACCCUCAAAUCAAAACUAACACCAACCGCUCACACCAAACCCCUACCUAUUCCCAUUCCCGACAGCUGGCAUCUUCUCUUCGACACGCUUCCUCCAUGGGCCACUAGGGAGACACAGACCAAGGACGAAGGUAACUGGCGGGAGGAUCAAGAAUGUCUUGCGGUAUACACACAGAAGGCCACGGAGAGGAAUUUGGGUAAGGUGGAGGGGAAGGAGGCCUUUGAGAAAAGGAGGUUGGGGAAGCUCUGA